AUGACUGCGAGUCUUGAAGAAGGAGCCAAAAGGAACUCUCCAACAAAAUUGCGAAUUUACCUAUCAAUUCUUUUUGCUCUUUUAAUGCUAGUUAUACUUAUAGUCUUUAUUUUGUUACUUAUUCCAAGACAAGGGAAGACUAAAAGGCUCAAAUACGAGAAUGAAACAUUUGAAGACAAUGGUGUUUGCCAUACUGAAGAAUGUGAAAAACUAGGACAUCGAAUGGUGAGAGCAAAACCUAUAAGGUCUCAUUAAAAAAACCCAACUCAUAGUUCUCUAAUUCCAGAAAACUCUUAUGAAUGAAUCUGUGAAUCCAUGCGAAGAUUUUUACGAAAAUGCGUGUGGUAAUUAUCCAAAGAAAACAAUGGAGGAAGUUUUCCAACAUGCGAACGAGGAUUUGAAGAAUUUGAAUAUAUUUUUGACAAAAUAUCAACCUAAAACAUUGUCGGAGAGAGUUGCAUUAACUGUUUGGUUGAAAUGUCUCAAUUCUUCGGAAGAUAACAAUACGACAGAUGAUUCGAUAUGGAAAAGCAAUGAUUUAACGAAACUCAUUCUUGAAGUAGUUAAAAUCAAUCCGCAUAAUUCAGGAAUCAUCAAAAAUCAAAUUGAAAUGGAAAAAUGGAACAAAACAAUGAUUUUGAUAUCUCGAAUGGAAAAGGCUGGAAGGAAAAGCCAAUCAACGAGUGAAAUUCAAAUUCAAGAUAUUAAAAAUGUGACUUUUAUGAAUUUGACAGAAUAUCUUGAGGGAUUAAUUCAUGAAGAGAAUCGAGACGAAGCUUUUAAUGGAAUAAAUUAUGUUGAUGUACAAGAUUUGAUGGAAUUGGAAGAGGAAAUAAAGCGGGAUGGUGUUGAAAAAACGAAAAAUAUUCUUCACGAAAAAUGGAAGGAAAAACUAACAAAGUUUUUGGUUGAACCAAAAUUUUGUUACAAUGUGAGCAGGACUUCUCUCUCCUCUAUGAAAAUAUUUAUCAAUUUCAGAUUGUUUUGGACCUAUUUCCUGGAACUUUAGCCACAAUUUUCACAAAAAAUCUUCUCGAACCAUACGCUUUGCGAAAUGCCGAGAAACUUUUUGAGAAACUUCGAAACGAAUUUAUCAACGUUUUUAAAGAAAAUGAGUGGUUGAAUGAUGAUAUGAAAAAUAGACUAAUCGAGGAAUUGAAGCAAAUAAAAACAUCGAUCGGAAUUCCAGACGAGCAUAAAAAUCAGAAAAAUAUUGAUCGAAUGUAUGCGAGAAUCGAGAAAAAUGAGACAAUCGAGGAUCAGAGUUAUUUGACAUUGAUUCGAAAUAUAUUGAAGAUGAAUAGUGAGGAAACAUUUUUGAGAGUAGCACGACGUGAAAAAAUCACCUAUAUUGGAAACGCUAUCAAAUUCGAGACGAAUUAUUUGCCAGAAUCUCAUCGAAUCAGUAAGUUUUGAAGAAUUUAUAUUUAUUCCAUUUAUUUUGCAGCUCUCUCCACAAAUGUUCUCAAAUAUCCAUACAUCGAUGAUAAUUUGCCAGAAUGGAAUACCUAUGCUUCUUUUGGUUAUAUUUUGGGACACGAAAUCGGACAUGCUUUCGAUUCUCAACAUUUUUUCAAAGAUGUCGAUUUUGGAGAAUUUCAAAUGCCAGCAACAAUUCGAGAUAUUUUUAAUAAACGCAUGGAUUGUAUAAUUGAUAAAUAUGACAAAUUUCAAUUUCCGGAUGGGAGUUUUGUAAGUCAGGCGGGGAAAAGCGUUAAAAAUUGGUCCAUCUUUGAAAAACUAAAAUUAUUGGAGAUAAAACUAGCUUUCUGAACACCAGAGACAUUUUUCAGUCAAGUGGAUCUCGCACAAAAAUCGAAGACACCGCUGACAUGAUCGGUUUUCAAUUAGCCUAUCGCUUAUCCAAAAAAGUAAUGCAACUCUCUGAAAAAUUGCCAGGAUUCGAGAAAUACACUAUCCAACAAAACUAUUUUCACCGAAUGGCUUAUGUGAGUUCGAAAAAAAAAGAUCAAAAGUGAAAAUAUUUUUUGCAGAAUUGGUGCGCAGGUUUCAUGAAUGAGAGGGUUAUCGAAUAUUACAACAAGGAUAUUCAUAGUGCUAUGAAAUUCCGCAUCAAUGGAAUGUUUUCGAAUUCUCCAGAAUUUUCAAAAGCCUUCAAAUGUCCGAAAAAUAGUCCAAUGAAUCCGGAAAAAAAGUGUCCACUUUUUAAAUAAAUAAAUUAUUUCGAAAUUUAGUUCACGUGGAUUUUUUUCUAGUAAAGGUGUUUCAAACUAAAAAAAAACCUACUCAUUGUUCAAAAUAUCAAAUGGAGAAUAUAACAGUCAAGAAUGACAGAAAAUGCAGUUUGAAAAAAUCAAUAAUUUAUUUUCUCAUUUUUCUAGCAAUCAUAGCUUUGUUAUAUUCGAAUUAUAUGGGAUGGAUUGAUGAAAAACAAAACCCUGAAAAGAACAAGAAUAUUUGCCGAACUGAAGAAUGUGUAAAACUAGGAAAUCGAAUGGUAAGAUCUGCCAAUUCCUCAAACAUCUCAAAAAAUAAAUUUUCCAGCGAUCACUUAUGAAUAAAUCUGUGAAUCCAUGCGAUGAUUUCUAUGAAAAUUCAUGUGGUAAUUUUCCAAAUGAUCAAAAAACUGAGAUUCUUCAACUUAUGGACGAGGAUGUGAAAAUGAUGGAAGAUCUAAUGAUAAAUUAUAAACCACAAACAUAUCCGGAAAGAAUUGCAAUGACAGUUUGGAAAAAAUGUGCAGCUUCUUCAAAAGACAAAAAUAAUAUAGAUAUGUCGAUUUGGAAAAGCAAUGAUUUAACAAAACUAAUUCUUGAAGUAGUAAAAGUUAGUCCGAAUAAUGCGAGUUUCAUAAAAAAUGAGAUAAAAAUGAUCAAAUGGUAUGGCAAAAUGCUUUUGAUGUUUAAAUUGGAAAAAGGAAAAGAGGAAAAUAAAACAAAUGUUGGAGGUUUCAAACUUUCGCCUUUUGAACUUCUAAAAGUGAAAAAUAUCACUUUUAUGAAUUUGACUGAAUAUAUUGAGGGAUUAGUUCCUGAAGAAUAUCAGAAUGAAGCAUUUAAUGGGUUAUCUUUUGGAGAUUAUUAUCAUUUAAGAGAUUUGGAAAAGGAAAUACAAGAAGAUGGAAUUGAAAAUGCGAAACAAUUACUUUUCGAUAAAUGGAAAAGCACAUUGGAUGCAUAUUUGGUUGAACCAGAAGAUUGUUACCAGGUGAGCCAAUAUCCCAAUCAAAAGCAUCGAACAAUUCCAGAAAAUCACCGAACUGUUCCCUGGAACCCUUGCUACAAUUUUCGCUAGAAAAUUCAUCGGAUCAAAAACAUUAGAAAGAGCCAAUAUGCUUUUCGAAGAGCUCCAGGAAGAAUUCACAAAUAUUUUCAAGGAAAACGAUUUUCUUGACGAACAUUUGAAAACUCUAUUGAUUGAAGAGUUGAGACAAAUGAAGGCAUCGCUUGGAAUUCCAGACGAGCAUAAAAAUCAGACAAAUAUUGAUCGAAUGUAUGCGAGAAUUGAGAAAAAUGAGAAAAUCGAGGAGCAGAGUUAUUUGACAUUGAUUCGAAAUAUAUUGAAGAUGAAUAGUGAGGAAACAUUUUUGAGAAUUGCGAGACGUGAACAAAUAACCUAUCUUGGAGAGACAAUAAAACUCACAGCACAUUAUGUACCGAGAGCACAUAGAAUUAGUGAGUUUGAAGAAGUGGAGCGAAGUAGAAUAGAAAUAUUAACAUUCCAAAAACUUAGAGUUUUAGAGAAUUCUCGGAAAAUCUUUAAAAUGACAGUGAGGGUUUUGAGCUAAUCAGAAAUAUAACAAAAAAGUGACCACCGUAAGUUGAAUUUUGAUUGAGAACAUUAUAAUCUUCAGUUUUGAAACUGUGAAAUAAUUAUAUUCAUAGCAAUCCCCCUCGCAACUCCACUUCAAAAAAAACCCUCUCAAAAUAUUUUUCCAGCUCUCUCCACAAAUCUCCUCAAUUUCCCAUACAUCGACAAAAACCUGCCAGAAUGGAAUACUUAUGCCGCCCUUGGUUUUAUUUUCGGACAUGAAAUCGGACAUUCAUUCGAUUCUACAGCCUUCUUCAAAAAUAUCCUAUCCGAACAGAUCAAAAUGUCUCCUAAAAUUCGUCAAAUUUUCAACGAGCGUGUAGAUUGUAUAGUUCAAAAAUACGACAAAUUUCAAUUUCCGGAUGGAAGUUUUGUGAGUUGAAUUUUUCCAUUUUGUAGAAUAAGUCAAAUUAUUUUUCAGUCAAGUGGAUCUCGCACGAAAACCGAAGACACGGCUGAUAUGAUCGGAUUCCAAUUAGCUCAUAGAUUAUUCAAAAAAUCGUUGAAAAAUGCUCAAAAACUUCCAGGAUUCGAGAAAUACAGUAUCCAACAAAACUACUUUCACAGAAUGGCUUACGUAAGUUCCGAAAAAAAUAGGCGCAGAACUAAUCAGAAAACAAUUUCAGGUUUGGUGUGGUGGAGAAUUGACCGAGAAGGAUAUCAAAAAAUAUCACGGUGAUAUUCACAGUGCUUUCAAAUUUCGUGUAAAUGGAAUGAUGUCAAAUUCGCCAGAAUUUUCAAAAGCCUUCAAUUGCCCGAAAAACAGUCCAAUGAAUCCGGAGAAAAAGUGUCCAUUUUUCAAAUGA